AUGACCUCCGUCUACAGUCCCGGCUCACCCAUCCUCCUUCCCAAUGGAGCGCGCAUCUUCAACCGCCUCAUCGACUUCCUCCGCCAACAAUACGUCCGCUAUGGCUUCCAAGAAGUCAUUACGCCGACCAUCUACAAGAAAGCCCUUUGGGCCAAGUCGGGCCACCUCGAGAACUACUCUGACGACAUGUACACCGUGACGAGCACCUCACCAUCCCGUGCUGAAGUCACCGAUCGCGGCGAGGAAGCCGAAUACGGCCUCAAGCCCAUGAACUGCCCAGGCCACUGCCUGAUCUUCGCAUCACAGACCCGAAGCUACCGCGACCUUCCGAUCCGCUACGCCGACUUUAGCCCGCUACACCGGAACGAAAUCUCGGGGGCAUUGAGCGGCUUGACACGGGUGCGCAGGUUUCACCAGGACGACGGGCACAUCUUUUGCAGACCGUCACAGAUUCGGGACGAAAUUGCGAAAACGCUUGAUUUCGUCCGCCUCACGUACGGCGUCCUCGGACUUGGGCCCUACCGGUUGGUCCUUUCAACCCGACCGGAGCAGUAUAUCGGAUCUGAGGAGGAUUGGACACAGGCGGAAAGUGCGUUGAGGGAGGCUCUCGUCGGAAGUAGGCUCCAAUACACUAUCAAUCCGGGCGACGGUGCGUUCUACGGGCCUAAAAUCGACAUCAUACUCAAGGAUUCGGACGGAAAGGAGCAUCAAACGGCCACUAUCCAACUUGACUUCCAACUCCCCAAGCGAUUCAACCUGGAAUACACGGCACCGGCUCCGGAAUUUGAAAAACGGGGCGCGAUCACAACGGAUGCGGAACUGUUGGCCGAAUACGGGCCCGUCCAGCCCGUUCUCAUCCACCGGGCCGUCCUUGGCUCGGCAGAGCGGCUCAUGGCGCUGCUGAUUGAGCACUAUAAGGGCAAGUGGCCAUUUUGGCUCAACCCGCGUCAAGCCAUCGUCAUCACAGUCAAUAACUCGGAGCCUGUGGCGAACUGGGCGCGGCAAACACGAGACAUUCUACUCGGGGUUUCGGCCUCGACCUCGACGAUAGAGGCGGCGUCACCGACCGGGCUUGCCAUCGACAUUGAUGACAGCAACCGCGGCGUGGAGCUGAAGGUGCGCGAGGCCAAGACCAAGGGGUACGGGCUGAUAAUUGGCGUGGGCCCACGGGAUGUAGAAACCAAGACAGUGGGCGUCAACGCGACCAGCCUUGCCAAACCCGAUGCCACCUUCCACGAGAUCAAGAAGCUGAAGCGGAUAGACAUGUCCCCAGCGAAGCUGAGGGACUACAUGCUCUCAUCAAUCAAAUACAACGCCAUGGACCUGUCCAACCCAUCCGACCCCCCGCCGGAUUAUAUCACGGCUGCCCGCGCCCAUGGCAUCCCUCUCCGCCAAAGUGCUCCGAUCAAGAAGGGACCCUUUCCUCUUGAGCUACCCAUUCUCACACACCUUCGUUCCAAGCGCGUGAUUCUCGCCAGCGCCUCACCCCGGCGCAAAGCCCUUCUCGCCCAAGUCAGUAUCCACCAUUCACCGCCCUGCCCCUUCCCUCUCCCAUCAUCUCAACGCACCCUCCUAACCACCCCCAACCCACAGAUCGGCCUCACCAACCUCGAAAUUAUCCCCUCCACCGAGCCCGAAGACCUCGACAAAAAGACGCACACCCCCGAAGAAUACGUCGCCGCCACCGCGCGACGCAAGUGCCUGGCCGUGUACCAAACCGCCCUCACCCGCCAACAAGAAGCCACCGAACACAAGCAAAAGCAAGACGUGCCCAAUCCGGUCCCCGACCCCCGCGUGCUGGAGGACCCCGCGGUGGUGAUCGCGGCCGACACGGUGAUCGCGACGCGCGGCGGGCAGAUCCUCGAGAAGCCGCGCUCCGAGGCCGACCACGUGCGCAUGCUCACCCACCUGCGCGACACCAUCCGCCACCGCGUCCUGACCGCCGUGUGUGUCUUGGCGCCGAAGGCGGAUGCCACGCAUCCGGGUUAUGAGAUCGCCUCGCAUGUGGAGGGGACGAAUGUGUUUUUUGCCGGGGCCGAUGAUGGCCUGCCGGAUGAUGUCAUUGAGAGCUAUGUGCGCACGAGGGAGGGGGCGGAUAAGGCCGGGGGGUAUGCCCUGCAGGGGGUGGGCGGGAUGGUGUUGGUGGAUAAGGUGGAGGGGAGCGUGGAUAAUGUGAUUGGGUUGCCGGUGAGGAAGUGCUUGCAGUUGUGCGAGCGGGUGGUGUUUAGGCAGGGUGAGGAGGUGGAAGGGGAGGAUGGGGAAGGGGAUGAGGAGUAG